CGGGCUCGGCUCGCUCACGGCCCCCCCGCCGGCGGCAGCGCCGCCCACCGUCCGGGCCCCGAUGAGUAACUCCCGUAACAACCGGGUGAUGGUGGAGGGGGUCGGCGCCCGCGUCGUGCGCGGCCCGGACUGGAAGUGGGGCAAGCAGGACGGCGGCGAGGGCCAUGUGGGCACGGUGCGGAGCUUCGAGAGCCCGGAGGAGGUGGUGGUGGUGUGGGACAACGGCACGGCGGCCAACUACCGCUGCUCUGGGGCCUACGACCUGCGCAUCCUGGACAGCGCGCCCACCGGCAUCAAGCAUGAUGGAACAAUGUGUGAUACGUGCCGACAACAACCAAUCAUUGGCAUUCGAUGGAAAUGUGCAGAGUGCACAAAUUAUGAUUUGUGCACUGUUUGUUAUCAUGGAGAUAAACAUCACUUAAGGCACCGAUUUUACAGGAUUACUACACCAGGAAGUGAACGGGUUCUGUUAGAGUCUCGUAGAAAAUCUAAGAAGAUUACAGCCAGAGGAAUCUUUGCAGGUGCCAGAGUGGUGCGAGGCGUUGACUGGCAGUGGGAGGAUCAAGACGGGGGCAACGGGCGCAGAGGGAAGGUAACGGAAAUCCAAGACUGGAGUGCAUCAAGCCCACACAGUGCAGCAUAUGUCCUCUGGGAUAACGGUGCUAAGAACCUUUACAGAGUCGGCUUUGAGGGCAUGUCUGAUCUGAAGUGUGUCCAAGAUGCCAAAGGAGGUUCUUUCUACAGAGAUCAUUGCCCUGUGCUAGGUGAGCAGAAUGGCAACAGGAAUCCUGGUGGAUUACAGAUUGGUGACCUGGUAAAUAUAGACCUUGACCUAGAAAUUGUACAGUCUUUGCAGCAUGGUCACGGAGGAUGGACUGAUGGGAUGUUUGAGACUUUAACUACAACUGGAACAGUCUGUGGCAUUGAUGAAGAUCACGACAUCGUAGUACAGUAUCCAAGUGGCAAUAGGUGGACCUUCAACCCUGCUGUUCUCACUAAGGCAAACAUUGUCCGGAGUGGGGACGCUGCGCAGGGUGCUGAGGGAGGCACCUCGCAGUUCCAAGUGGGUGAUCUUGUGCAAGUUUGUUAUGAUCUGGAAAGAAUUAAACUUCUGCAAAGAGGACAUGGUGAAUGGGCUGAAGCGAUGCUUCCAACUCUAGGUAAAGUUGGCCGAGUACAGCAGAUUUACUCGGACAGUGAUUUAAAGGUGGAAGUUUGCGGAACUUCUUGGACAUACAACCCUGCAGCCGUUUCCAAGGUGGCGUCUGCAGGGUCAGCUAUUAGCAAUGCGUCUGGUGAAAGACUCUCACAGCUUCUGAAGAAAUUAUUUGAAACCCAAGAAUCCGGUGACCUCAAUGAAGAGCUGGUUAAGGCUGCUGCCAAUGGGGAUGUGGCCAAAGUGGAAGAUUUGCUGAAAAGGCCAGAUGUAGAUGUAAACGGACAGUGCGCUGGCCACACAGCGAUGCAGGCGGCUAGUCAGAACGGACAUGUCGAUAUUUUGAAGUUACUGCUGAAGCAAAAUGUAGAUGUGGAAGCCGAGGAUAAAGAUGGAGAUCGGGCCGUGCACCAUGCAGCGUUUGGAGACGAGGGCGCUGUCAUAGAAGUCCUGCACCGAGGCAGUGCUGACCUGAAUGCUCGCAAUAAGCGUAGGCAGACUCCUCUUCAUAUCGCUGUCAAUAAAGGUCAUCUUCAGGUUGUGAAGACUCUGUUGGACUUUGGUUGUCAUCCCAGUCUCCAGGACUCUGAAGGCGACACCCCUCUCCACGAUGCCAUAAGCAAGAAGCGGGACGACAUCCUGGCAGCUCUCCUGGAGGCUGGAGCCGAUGUGACCAUCACUAACAAUAGCGGCUUCAAUGCCCUGCACCACGCUGCGCUGAGAGGGAAUCCCAGUGCAAUGCGUGUUUUGCUCUCAAAAUUACCAAGACCAUGGAUUGUGGAUGAGAAGAAAGAUGAUGGUUAUACUGCCUUGCACCUGGCUGCCCUGAACAAUCAUGUGGAAGUGGCUGAACUGUUGGUACAUCAGGGAAACGCAAACCUGGAUAUCCAGAAUGUGAACCAGCAAACGGCCCUACACCUCGCUGUUGAGCGGCAGCAUACCCAGAUCGUUAGGCUUUUGGUCCGUGCAGGUGCUAAGCUAGACAUUCAGGAUAAGGAUGGAGACACUCCUCUUCAUGAGGCUUUGAGGCAUCACACUUUGUCUCAGCUACGCCAGCUACAGGACAUGCAAGACGUGGGCAAGGUAGAUGCUGCCUGGGAACCAUCAAAAAACACUUUAAUAAUGGGACUUGGUACCCAGGGGGCUGAGAAGAAGAGUGCAGCAUCAAUUGCUUGUUUCUUGGCAGCCAAUGGUGCCGACCUCAGCAUUCGAAAUAAGAAGGGUCAAUCACCACUUGACCUCUGUCCUGACCCAAGUCUCUGCAAAGCGCUGGGAAAAUGUCAUAAGGAAAAAGUCAGUGGCCAGGUGGGUUCUCGGAGCCCUUGUGUGAUCAGCAGCGACUCUGAGACCCUAGAGGAGUGCAUGGUGUGCUCAGACAUGAAGAGGGACACGCUCUUUGGCCCAUGUGCACACAUUGCAACCUGUUCUCUGUGCUCCCCGCGCGUCAAGAAGUGCCUCAUCUGUAAAGAGCAGGUUCAGUCCCGGACAAAGAUUGAAGAAUGUGUGGUGUGCUCUGACAAGAAAGCUGCUGUUCUUUUUCAACCUUGUGGACACAUGUGUGCUUGUGAGAACUGUGCCAGCCUGAUGAAAAAGUGUGUGCAGUGCCGGGCAGUAGUUGAACGAAGGGUGCCUUUCAUCAUGUGCUGUGGGGGGAAGAGUUCAGAAGACCCCGCUGAUGAUAUCUCAAGUGGGAAUAUCCCGGUGCUGCAGAAGGACAAGGACAACACCAAUGUCAACGCGGAUGUGCAGAAGCUGCAGCAGCAGCUGCAGGACAUUAAGGAGCAGACAAUGUGCCCUGUGUGUCUGGAUCGUCUGAAGAACAUGAUUUUCCUCUGUGGCCACGGGACAUGCCAGCUCUGUGGAGACCGAAUGAGUGAAUGCCCAAUUUGUCGCAAGGCAAUUGAACGGAGGAUUCUUUUGUACUGAUUAAGAAACACAGAGUGUUUUGUUAGUUCUAAAGUAUGUGAUCAUGAGGUCUUAGUAAGUUCUAAAGCUAAUGGGAAGUUUAAUCUAAUGGGCUAAUCUGUAAUUUCAUAAUUUCCUUCUUAGAAUGGAAUUAGACUAUAGAUGUACCACCAUCACAACGAAAACAUCAUACAGUGUUUGAGAU